CGCUGCCGCCGCGGAACUUGUUCAACCUGUCCGCCGCUGCCCAAUUACUUCCGCCGGCAGCUGCGUCCGUGUGCCCUCAGUGAAGAUGGCCGAGUGCAGCGUGGAGGCGGCGUGGUUUGCCUGUGACUGUCAUGAGGAUGUACCCCAAUGGCACACAGCACCGAGUUCCCAUGUACAGCUUGAAUAAUGAAUCAUACAGCUCCAUACUUGGCUUCUCUUCGGAACUCACGGGGUCAAAGGGUACUGCUAUGUCCUGGGUACGAGUUGCAGUCAGCCAAUCCAGUGAGGAUAUAUUUGAUGAAGAUGCAGAUGAAAUGUAUCUACUACAGAAGGAAUGGAACAACACUAUGAAAAGGAGAUUGAAGGAAGGCUAUAGGGAUGGAAUUGAGGCUGGGAAAGAACUUGCACUCCAGACAGGUUUUAAUCAAGGUUACAAAGAUGGUGCAGAGCUGAUGAUUACAUGCGGCCAGUUCAAAGGAACCCUGAAUGCUCUCUUAUCCUGGUGUCAUUUUAAUGGACAUGAUUCUGCUUCAAGUACGAUAAAUAAUCUUCUUGAUGUGGUUGGAAAGCAUGAAGAUAAGGUGCUUAAGUAUCUGAAUUCUACUGAAGAACAGCCACAUCCUGGACACAUUUUAGACUUGGUUCAGGAUAUGGACCUUAAUCACACAGCUGGGACAGAGUACAAGGAAGUUAAAAAUGGAAAACACGAAGACUGUGGCAGCUCCGGUGAAAACAUUUGCAGGAAUGAUGAUGAGGUUGGUUCCUUGCAGUCUGAGUGCAGCAAGGCGAACCUCUGCACAGAUCCUGAAAAGUCAACCCUUGCUUGGGUUAAAAAGCAGACUGUUUGGUUAGUAGAGCAACUGGGCUUACCACUGGAUGUACUCCAUCAUGUCCAGCAACUGGAACUUUAGUUCUUCUGUCUCAUGGUACUUAAAACUAUCACAGCUGGUUUUGAUUCUUAGUUUGUGCGCCAUGAAUAGGCUGAUGCAUCCCUUUUGUUUUAGGAAAAUCCGAUUUUGAUGCUUUACAGUAGAAGUAAUUUUUGUAAAUCAUCAAUAUGAUUUUGGUUCCUGGCAAAACCCUUCACUUUCAGUCUUAAACAGAAAUCAAUCUCACAGAAAGGGGCAGUGACUUUAAAACUUUAUAGAGUUACUAAACAUGUUUCUGUUUUGUGUCAGGAGCUCCCAUUUCACACUCUUUUUUUUCUUGACAGCAGUUGGGAAAUUAACCGUGUCCAUUAAGUAGCCCCUUUAAAUUGGUCCCCCCCCAAUAUCAAAAGAAUAAGUGCUCAAUGCUGUGGAAAUGGUCAGUGUUUUUGCAGAAUAAGCUGCUGUUGAUGAUAUGCUAUGUGCAAACAGAACAUGAUAUGCUGCUGUGUGCUGUGACUCUCUAGUCGCCUUUUGUCAAAUUCUUUGUGUUAUCUUUUGUACCCAUGAUGCAAUGCACUUUCACAGUUAAAAACUAUUUUUCUCUCCUUAUAUAGUUAUAUUUGUCACUUUUGCUGAGAACACACCAUUCUCCUCAAAUGCAGAAUUGCUGACAAUUCCAUUGUUUUACUCUUAGAUAUCUAUUCUUACCAUGUCAGACCACACUAAACACGCUUCCAGUCUAGUGAACAUCCUUGUGUUAUUUUUGUAUUUAUUUUGUCAGUCCCUCUAGCCUGGACUUUCCCACAUUCCAGCAGUGUUUUUCUCAAACUCUCCAAGGAAGCCAAGCUUAUUCACUACCUAUUAGAAACACAUCAGCCACAGACGCCUAUUUCCAAUUAUUUUGUAUUUCUGUAACUAUUCUAUAUUUGACUUGCUUUCCUGUUGCUUCCCAUAACUGUAGCUGUAAAUGGCUCUGUUCAGGAAGUUUUUUCUUUGUGAAUGCUUCUGUUUUACAUUAAUUAAACUGAUUUAUAGUAAGUUA